CAGACUCUCGUCGGCGGGGCAAGCAGUCGGAAGCAGUAUGUGGACUCGUUCGGUCUCCCCUUUCACUGCGACAGUUUAGCUCUCGCACAACGUAAGUGCAAUUUGCAGCAGCUCUAAUUCAGAAAUGCAAUGUUUGCUCUUCGAAUGCAUUCGAUGCCUUUGACUGCAAUCACUCGCUGUGCUCAUCGUUGUCCAAGAAGCACGCUGGUCUGAAAGCAUUAUGCUCUGCAUUUGAUGUCAAUCCAGGCUACCUUAAUUUUUAAUUUCAUUAAUUUCAUUCUUAUGAAAGAGUUUGAAUAAACAGAUAAGAUGCACAAGUGGCUUUGGUUUGGUGUCGAAUUAAAAGAUUUUUUAUUCUAUGGAUAUGAUAUAACAACAACAUGGGGUCUUUUAUCUACGUGUUUAGGUUUAGUAGCGCUAGGUAUAUUGUAUGAAGCUAUGAAACUGUCUCAAGCUAAAUUACGUGCCAUUUCCAAACAAAAGAACCAAAUAGUUGUCGCUGGACAUCAUAAUGAUAGUUCUUCAUUACUUUCGAGAGUUUCAAAAAGAUCACAUAGUGUUAAAAGUCUGAAAAGUGACCUCUGGUUAAAAUGGAUUGUGGAAGUGAUCCAUUGGUCCUUGCAAGUUGGUCUUGGAUAUAUUCUAAUGCUUUCAAUAAUGUCUUUCAAUAUUUAUAUGAUGAUCGCCAUAGCCAUUGGUAGUGGAAUUGGUUAUUACAUUUUUGGACCAAUCUGGUUUGAAUGGAAUAUAGAAAAAAUUCAAAGAAGAAAAAGGCUGUUAGAAUGUAAUCCAGUUUGUGCUGAUUCUCCAGUUUAUGUGGAGAGAAAUGAAUUAGCGUUAUCAAUCACUUCAGAACAUUCAGAAGAAGAAGAAGUAAAUAAUAUUAGUGCUAAUGUUGAGGCUGAAGUUCAUUACCGAGAUGAAAUUUAAGAAUUAUUGUGUUCAUACAAAUUGAGCAAUAAGUAGAGUUCUAUGAAAGUUGACUUGUAUAUCUAUUUAUAUUAAUUGUUAUAUAUUUUUAUAAAUUUAAAUUAUAUAAUAGAAGAUGAGAUACAAUUUUGAUAUCUGUAAAAAAAAUUGUAUAUACAAAUUUUAGAAAAUAGA